AUGGACAAGUACGCCCGCCAGGCUGGCGACAACACCUACGACAGUGACGCCGAGGCCGACGACGAGUUCGAGCGCUCUGUCUUCAGCUCCCCGAUCAUUGCCGGCCAUUUCAAUGACGACCAGUCAGACCACCCUUCUGAAUCGGAGGAUGAGAGAUCUGUCGUCGAUGGAGGAGACACCCCCACCACGCAGGGCUGGGCAGAGAGGGAUGGCAGGAGUCCGACGGGGAAGAUCACGCAGUGGAGCGAAGACGAGGUUGCGGACUACAUCGCCGUGCUAUCGCCAGCACUGAAACAAUACCGACAGAGGUUCGUCGAGGAAGGCAUUUCGGGCGAAGCUCUGAUAUCGCUCCACCACGACGAAUUGCGAGAGUUGGGAGUGGCCAGUGUAGGACACCGAUUGACCAUCCUGAAGACUGUCUACGAGCAGAAGGUGCGAGCGGGCAUUAAGAUCGAAGAGGGCGAUUAUGUGCCUUUGUCGGCGGAAGGGGAAAAGGGAGACAUGAAUGCAACACAGGACGACAUCGCGCGGAUCAUUGAGUCUAUCAAGCUUCGUGAUCAGCGUAUUAUUGCCGCGGAGGCGGAGUUGCGAGCUAUGAAGUCGGAUCUGGACAGGAUAAUGGACGAGAACAAGAAACUGAGAGAAGAGACGUUGCCGAUCAUGCGCAUCAUGAAAGACCAGAGGACACCCUUGCCAGACCCUGCAGGUGGGACCAUACCCUCACCAAGAGAAGCGGACAUGUCAAGGCUACAGCAGCCAGAAACCCUUGGAAACCAGAACAAGGGCAGUUCCCUCAGCAGAAAGUUUUCCACCAAGAAGUUGUUCUUAAAAUCAGACACCACAAAACAACCCUCGCCUACUCAUCCGCCGCAAUCGCACACGCCGCAGCUGCGAGAGGUCCGCGAUGAUGGAGGUGCACAUCUUGAAGCUUCGGCCGCCGCGAUGGCGGCAAGCAACCACCUCACAGCCUCCAUGACCAGCCAGACGAGCCCCAACAGCGUUCAUGGUCAACAACUCAGUCCAACCAGUCCAGCAUACAGCACCACGCAAGGUCCCGCGUCUGGAGGCUCGUACCAACCACCCGGCUCGGCGGCUGCUAAUCGGUCCUUCCCGCGCGACGGGAAUUCUUCUCGACAAGAUCACCGAGCGCAUGGCGGUCACGCGGCUGAUGAUACUGGCACUGGAUUCUCGACGAGUAGUCAGUGGAGCCAGGCGAGCACAGCCGUGCCACCCGACCAACCAAGCGCGCGGCUACAGCAGGACAGAGCGAGAAGACAUGCGCCUACGCCUAGUCCGAGGGAGGAUGAGCCACCUCACAGCGCGAGGGAUCGGGAUAAUCCACAAGUGGAGAUAUUCAAGAGUUUCCGGGUGGGUAUUGAGGAUCCCUGCCGGACUGUGUUGCCUGUGGUGAGUAUACGCAAUCAUCUCGACCAACUGUGUGUUUGUAUGCUGAUAUUUCCGUGCUUCUAGGCUCUUAAACGCUACAACAUCACGGACGACUGGCGGCAGUAUGCUCUGUAUAUUGUCCAUGGUGAUCAGGAGCGAUGUCUGGGACUGGACGAGAAGCCUUUGCUUCUAUUCAAACAGCUGGAUAAGGAGGGCAAGAAGCCUAUGUUUAUGUUGAGGAGGCAUGCAUCGCCGCAAGAAGGCUGGGUUGGGGCUGCGGGUGGUGGAGUGCCGCAUACUGCUCAGGAGAAUAAGGUGAGAGACAUGUUAGCUUUCCUUGAUUCGGUGGGGACGUGAACUGACCGUUGGGUGUAGCAGAUUCCGGGCGGUGUACUCUGA